UGUUUAUCCCCGGUCGGCGGUCACGUCAGUCAUUUUAGGUGAAUUGCCUUAGACCGGUCCGGCCGAUACAGAACCCUUGGCCGUUUUGUUUUGUUUUUUUAAGUUUUAUUUUCUCAAAAAUAAAUCGAAGUUUGUUUGUUUUUUAAUUGGCACCGAGGAGGAGGCUGACGAACUGGCGGAAUGUCUCACCAGACUGGGAUAAGAGCGAAUGAAAAGCUGAAGAAGUUCUUCGCCAAACACUGCCACACGGGGAAAAUCAGACUGUUCAAAGUCAUCAUAGACAAUGAGGAGCUUACGCUGAAUAGCCAGGUCGAGGCGAAAGGAACAUGGGAAGACGAUUACGACAAGAACAUCAAAAAGCUUAUAGAGGUCGACCAGCCGUCUUAUAUUAUGUGCAGGUUUGACAAGAAAAACGUGAAUGGUGGGUAUGACUGGCUGCUACUGAGCUGGUCACCGGACGAUUCACCUGUGAGGCAGAAGAUGCUGUACGCAUCGACAAAGGCAACUUUGAAACAGGAGUUCGGGAGCGGGCAGAUAACCGAUGAACUGCAUGCCACUUCAAUUGAUGAGCUUUCUUCAGCGGGUCUUAAGAAGAUAAAGGAUGCGCCACCACCCCUCUCGCCACAGGAGGAGGAGGCUCGCCUCUGCCAGACAGCUGAGAGGAUCCACGUUGGCGUCGACUGCAAGGCGAGCACGCUCAACUCACUCACGAUGCCUAUCACGGAAAGAGCAAAAGAGUCUCUCGCCACUUUCGCCACCUCAGAGGCCAACUACAUCCGUUUCUGCAUCGACAUACCGAACGAGAGGAUAGACACUGAUGCGACUACGACGCUCACGCCAAAACAGCUCGAGAGCCAAGUGCCGGAGGACACUGCCCGUUACCAUUUGUUUAGGUUCGAAUACGCUUACAAGGGCGAAAAUAAAAAAGCCAUAGUAUUUAUAUACUCGAUGCCUGGAUACUCAUCUUGCCCAAUCAAAGAGAGAAUGCUGUAUUCAAGCUCCAAGGCGCCAUUGAUCGAAACGAUAGAAUCAAUUCUUGGUGCCAAGGUCGAUAAAAAGAUGGAAGUCGAUUCAGGGAAAGAGGUCGCUGAGGAGUGCCUCGUAGAUGCCUUGCACCCACCUCCGACUGAGCAGGUCACGCUCGGGGCGACCGGGCGCAAGUUUGACAAGCCAAAAGGUCCCCAGAACCGAGGCGCCAAGCGGAUCACGAAAACGCACCAGUGCUCCCUCCUCGAGUGACCGCACGGCAAGGCAGGAUAUUCCUAAUAAUUGGCCAACAAAAAAUAUAAUUUUUAAA